AUGUCCUUUAAUGAACAGCAGUGCAAGCAGCCAUGUGUGCCUCCUCCAUGUCUUCAAAAGGCCCAAGAGCAGUGCCAGGCAAAGGCUGAGGAGGUGUGCCUCCCCCCAUGCCAGGACCCCUGCCAAGAGAAGUGCUCAGUGCAAGUUCAGGAGGUAUGUCUUCCUCAGUGCCAGGAGUUGAACCAAGAGAGUUGCCCACAGCAAGGUCAAGACCAAUGCACAUCUCAGUGUGUGGAGCCAUGUCAGGAGCUAUCUCAGACAAAAUGUGUGGAAGUUUGUCCACAGAAAGUCCAGGAGAAGUGCUUACCCCCUGGCAAGGGAAAGUAG